CCGAGAAGUCUGUCUCCUUCUGUGGAUGAAAGCCAUCCCUUACCGACCGUACACAUGGAGCAGUUACCCUGGGUCAGAGUUGAGGCACUUGGUGCAGCAGGGAUUUCACAGAACCCCUUCAGUAGACCGGGGUUUGGCAAUGGGAGUGUAUCCUGAAAGGGGACCCGACUGCACCCUGUUUGUCGACAGGGGUUCCUCAAUGGGACUUUAUAAUGACUACAGCUCUGCAGGCAACCUCUUUGACCACAGCACUUCUGCAGCCCUUUAUACGGAUUCCCAUGGUCACAACAUCCAUGACAAAGUACCGGAAAUUAAGGAGGAAUCUGAGCUUCUCUGUAUAUGCCUGCCAUUCAAUAAUGGCUCCUACAAGUGUAUUAAGUGCAGCAAGGUGUUUUCAACACCUCAUGGGUUAGAGGUACAUGUGAGAAGAUACCACAGUUGCACAAGACCAUUUACCUGUGAAAUCUGUGGGAAGACCUUUGGCCAUGCAGUGAGCUUGGAGCAGCACAAAGCAGUCCAUUCUCAGGAGAGAAGCUUUGAUUGCAAAAUAUGUAGUAAAAGUUUUAAACGUUCCUCCACAUUGUCCACUCAUUUAUUCAUUCAUUCUGAUACUCACCCCUAUCCGUACCAGUACUGUGGCAAACAUUUUCAUCAGAAGUCAGACAUGAAGAAGCACACUUUCAUCCAUACAGGAGAGAAACCUCACAAGUGUCAAGUGUGUGGGAAAGCCUUCAGUCAAAGUUCUAAUCUCAUCACCCACUGCCGUAAGCAUACUGGAUUUAAGCCUUUUGGGUGUGACCUCUGUGGAAAAGGCUUCCAACGAAAAGUGGACUUGAGAAGACACAAGGAAACACAACAUGGUCUAAAAUAAUAGGGUGGGCACUGUUACCUGAAGACCGUUUACACCAUGACAAAAUGGGACAGUCCUC